AUGUCGACCUCGCGACCUUUUCCGCCGGAGCUAGUCUCUGCAGUACUCUCGUAUGUCUACCUCUCCAAAGAUCAGGAACUUUUGAAGACCUGCAUGAAGGUCUCUACUGAAUGGCACCAAGAAUCACUGCCGUUCGCGUUUCGCGAUCUGACCAUCCCACCGCCCAUUCUAGGGCUGUCCCCAUGCAAUCCCAGCAUCGACCAGGUCCUUCAGCGCUUGCUGGAUCUGCUGGAGGAUAACCCACAACUGGCCGUAUGCGUUCGAAACCUUCAUUUGGACCUCAAGUCCGGGACCUGGGCUACCCAAGUCGCGGAGAGCAAGAUUUUCCCCCUGGUGGCGAACAAAUUAGGCCUACUCGAGACCUUCCGACUCGAAUUAACGCCAAUGUACCGCAAUACGAUUACAUGGCUCCUGACCAGUAGAGAAGGCGUCAAAGAAGCCAUCAAACGCGUCUUCUCUCUCCCCACCCUCACUUCACUGGAGAUAGGGAACGUUUUUGUUCCAUGGGAGUUUUGGGGAUUUAACCAGAACCUCAGGAACUUCACCCUUCGCAUGCCAGACAUUCAAAUACCAUCGGUCGGGCCGUACCCCACUCCCGAUCGUCCGGUCGCCCCUAUCCAACGCCUCACGAUAACGAAGGGGAACACCUUGGAAUGGAUGGCCUUUGCUCACCCCUACCUCCUCGCUCAGGUUCAAGCGGCAUUGCUCUACAUGUACGUGUACCGACAGGAUCGCUCCGCUAUCCAGGCGUUUUUGAACGAGACUGGAGGAUCUCUUCAGACUCUCGAACUGAUCACUUACGUGGAUCGAUACGAGAGGCGAUGGUCAACGAGAGUUGGCUCUGAGGCGGCUAUCCCUAGACGUCUGGUAUGGAUGCCUAAGGAAAGAAGGAACAUGCCAAUUCCACCCUUCGAACGACUCGAUACCCCCUGGAGGUUGGGAGGCGUUGUUACCUCGAGUUUACCUUCUUCGAGAGAAGGGGAUAGAUCUUUCCGUUAA